UACGGCGUUCAAAGACUCGUGAAGGGCAACUUAUACACGUCCGUACCGGUAGGAACCAAAGUGUCGGUUGUUUCCACCCGAACCGAAAACACGUGCGCACUGUAGGUCGAGCUGUCGGAGGCGGUUGACCCUCGUAGCUACCCGCGAGGCACACAGCGCAGCAUGCACGCGAGCAAGUGGGGGCGUCUCGUGCGAGGCUUCAUCGGCCGGCCGAGGAGCGCGAGCAGCUGGACGCCGGUGUGUCUGCAGAGGCCUCAGCACACCGUGACGUGUCACACCAGUGCUGGCUCGGUGGACCCCGAUGAGCUGAGGAGGUUCCAGUCACUGGCCGGCAAGUGGUGGGACGACCACGGAGAGUUCGCAGCUCUCCACGCCUUGAAUGACUUGAGGGUGCCUUUCAUACGGGACAACUUGAUGAAUGUGCACAGAACCCGCGUUCCCGGGAAGCCCCUCGGGGGGAUCCGGAUCCUGGAUGUGGGCUGCGGAGGAGGCCUGCUCACAGAGCCCCUGGGUCGCCUGGGGGCCAACGUGUUGGGCAUCGAUCCAGUAGCCGACAGCAUCGGUACGGCCAAGCUGCAUUCGUCCAUCGACCCGGACCUCCGCAACCGGGUCCGCUACCGGGCCUGCACCUUGGAGGAUCUCUCAGCAGAGAGGGAGGGGGGCGGCCAGGAGGAGCAGGGGUUGGCCCAGUUUGACGCCGUUGUGGCCUCCGAGGUGGUGGAACAUCUGGCAGAUUUGGAAACAUUCGGCCUCUGCUGCAACCACGUGCUGAAGCCGGGCGGUUCUCUCUUCAUCACGACUAUCAAUAAAACCAAGCUGUCCUACGCGCUGGGUAUUGUCGCAGCCGAGCAGCUGCUGCGCAUCGUUCCCAGCGGGACGCACGACUGGGAAAAGUUCAUCAGCCCGGUAGAACUGGAGCGCCUCCUGGAGUCCAAUGGUUUCUCAGUGGGGUCCGUCCGAGGGAUGCUGUACAACCCCGUGUCGGGAGUCUGGUGCUGGACGGACAGCACUGCCAUCAACUACGCACUCCACGCCGUCAAAGUGAGAGACGACCCCGAAGCGCACCAGGCUGAGGACCGAGGGCCCCGCCAUCCCCUUCCCGAGGGCCACGUGGAAGCAGCACACAGCUGAGCAAGUCGGAAAAGAAGAGGGGGGGGGGAAGAAAAAAAAAACAUUCAGAUUCCAUGCGUGACAUGAGACUGAGGUCAUCAAAGGGAAGAACUAGUGAUGUUACCGAGACGCAGCCAGAGUAACCCUGAGUCCAGCUGUAUCAGCCUCCUAUUAGCCAUGAAGUGAUGCAAAGAGGAAUGUUCGGUGUUUGAGCCUGAAACGGAAAAAAGUGCAUCUGGUAAUUGUCCACUCAGCGGCAGAGAUGCACCUAAGCAAACAUGCAGAGUUCAUGAUUUCUGCACGGAAUCCGCUUUCUAUUUAAUGUUGGAUAUAUUGUGAUUUGCCACACCCCUUAUUAAAAUGGUUCUUUGCAUU